GCGUCCAAAGCCUCCAAGCCCUCGGAAGCCGAAACCGUAAAAGUCCCCCUCGACGCUACGGCACCAACCCCCGUCCCCGUUUCCUCAACCAUCACCCUCUCGCAAACCCUCAAUGCCCCGGCCUCGACACGACCCCCUCCCCUCCACUUACCAACCCGUGACCCUCAAACUUCUUUCUUCAGCUUCCACUACAAUCGCGGCAAGGCCUACAUAAACUUCUAUAAAACCGGGCUCAAAGCCAUCUUCAUCAACCGCAAGCUGCUGACCCAAACGGCGCAAACUCUACAACCCCCGCCUGGUCUUAAGGGAACUGGCGGCGCCCUUGACGCAACGACGACCCUACAACCCACGCGCGCAGCGAUGUUGCUGAAGGAGCGCGUGAGACACGAUAUCGGCCGCGUUCCCAUCUUUGGCUUGAUGGUUUUCAUCUGCGGCGAAUUCACACCGCUCCUCGUGCUCGUCUUCCCAAAGUUGACGCCUUACACGUGCCGGAUCCCGGCACAAGUAGAAAAAGUGCGGUCCAAUGCACGACAGCGGAGGGAGGCGUCGCUACACGCGUUGCGGUACGUGGAUUUGACUGAUGCCAUGGCGCUGGAUAAGGUGGCGCCGGGGCAUAUUGCGCGCUCGCUCGGGUUGGGCGGAACGAUGUGGGAUAAGAUCGGAAUGGAUGUGCCGUUUGCGCCGACGAGGGCGGCGAGGGCGGUGAGGAAGAUUGUGGAGGAUGAUUUUAUGAUUCGGCGUGGGGGAGGAGUGAAUGGUCUUGAAGGGGAGGAGGCGGUACUCGCUGCUGAGGCGAGGGGGAUAGAUGUCCAGGGGAAGAGCUUGAAGGAGGUGAGGCAUAUGUUGGGGUCUUGGAUUGCUAAGACAACUAAGGGAGAU